AUGGAUCUCUCAUCGCUCGAAGGCCCUCCCAUUCGGGACAGCAGAUUCUCUGGCAGUCCCACGCCAAGCGCGGCAAGUGUCCCCCAUAUUCGACUGGAGCAUACAUUCAGUCCUGUGAGCCCGAUGGAGACAAACACCUGGGACCUUCCUCCGAGGCCCGCAUCGACAAGCGCCAUUGCCCCCCGCAGCAAAUACCCUAACGCAGGAUCCAACGGACUCCAGCAAAAUAUCCUCCAUUCCAACGAGUACAACGCCAGGCCAAACUACCGUACACCUCCGAACCAGUCUCUACACCCUGAAGUAUCCCGUGAAGUAGCUCAUCGUUCUGGUGCUAUGUUGUCGCCGUCUCGAGCUCCACGCAGUCAUUCAAACAGUGUAUCAUCACCGCACCAACUUGUCUGGAUUGAAAGCGAACAAAUAUGGGUCUUAACAACUAGAACGACGACACCAACACUACCACAACGACCACAAUAUCCCAGAUCAAGCCCAGGCUCAGUCGCAAACACCGGGCCGCAAUACCCUCCACAAUCAACAAAUCCAUACCCACCCCAAUCGACGAAUCUAUACCCACCAACAGCGGAUUACGAGGCUGAUAUUGAGGCUGUUGAGGCUGAGGACCUCCCGCCACCUUAUGAACAACAUGUCUUUGAUCAGCCCCUGGGGCCUAUUCUACCGGCCGUAGCAAGAGUGCGCCCUGAACAGAUACCACAACGUGGAUCUCGAUGGACCGCCAUUGGGCGGCGUGUUGGCUGA